AUGGUGUUUGAACCAAGUGAAGAAGAAUCAGGCGAUCAACAAAUUGUGAAAUGUUUCGAGAACUUACGAGCUUCUUGUAUACGUUUGCAAAAUUCGGGUGAUGCCCCGUUUAAUGUGAUGCCCAUAAUUCGCGUUAUUGAGCAGCUGCGGAAGGCAGUAAAGAAGAGUGAUACUGUUUUAGCACGCAACGAAUUGAUUCUGGACCUGGAGUUAACAUAUUUAGGCGAUGCGCUGGUUUGCGUUGUGGAGGUGCUCUGUCACGUGGUGGUGUUGAGGGUUUGUGAGCUUUUUAUUUGCAGAGUGGUCCUAACAAUGUCGUCAUCUGGAAGCGAUCGUCAUCGAUCAAAAAGUCAUUCUCCUAGAAGUGAACGAUCUGACUCACGUAGCAAUACACCACCUCGUCGUCGUAGCCGUUCAAGAUCAAUUGAUCGUGCCGCUGAGCAGCUUGGUCGGCUUCAUAUAUGUAACUUCGAUGAGAGUUUGAGAAAAGACGAUCUGAAAGAUGCAUUCGGCAAAUUUGGUGACAUCGAUAAUGUUUGGUUAGCGUCGUAUCCACCGCUGUUUGCUUUUGUGACAUUCAAAGCGAAGGAAGAUGCUGUUGAUGCGCUGAAAGAGAUGAAUAAUGCGUACAUUGGCAGAAACAAGAUUAAGGUGGCUACAGCUCAUCCACCAAGAAAACCAGGUGAACGUGGUCCACCUCGUCGCUAUGGUGGUGGCGGUUAUCGAGGAGGUGGUGGUCCACGUUCAUAUGGUGGAUAUGGUAGUAGGGGCGGUGGAUAUGGUGGAGGAGGUUACGGAGGACGAUCAGGAAGUUCUCGCUCAUAUGGUGGAGGCGGUUAUCGAAGCAGUUACAGUGGCAGCGGGAAUGGUAGUGAUCGAAGGAGUGGCAGUAAUCGAUACAGUGAUCGCCGUUGA